GUUGAUUCAUUUGUAUCCUACCUACUGUUUUCUGUUGGAUUGUAAUUUUUGUUCAAAUAAGUUCAUAAUUACUUAGUGAAAUAGAUAAUAAUUAUAUAUUUUCAAAAAUGUUUCCUUUUUCAUAUUGGUGUUUUUUAUUUUUUGUGACUUGGGAUAUCGGAGCAUCUCAAGUUAUUUUGACUACCGACGAGUUGGAAAACCACAUAAGCCCAGAUGAUUUACGAGAAUUUAUGAACUUUCGCACUGAUGUUACCACUACGACCGAGUCCAACGUCAUGGAAUACGCUGAUGUUGAGGACACAACAGCAAAGCUCCCAGUACCAAGAGUAGUGGAUUGUUUCGGUCUAGGAGCCUUGAUGAAUCAGCUAUGGUUCCUCAAUAUGAAACCAGCUACUUCUGACAGCGUUAACACGCAUUUCUACUUCUCAUCCAGAUUACGACCAGAGAGAGUGCAGGUAUAUCCAGGGGAUCAAUUCGGCUUGGAAUGGGUAGAUUUCGAUCCAGCUAGAAAAACAAUAAUGAUUGUCCAUGGAUUCAUGAGUCACAGUAAUGCGUCGUGGGUUCGCGAUAUGACGAAAGCAUUUUUAUACUGGGCAGAUGUAAAUGUGAUAGCCGUGGACUGGAGCAAGGGCGGUAACACAUGGAAGUAUUGGCGAGCAGUAGCCAACACUAGACGAGUCGGCUCCGAUACAACUGGCUUCAUGCGACAACUGAUAGCUAAAACUGGAGCUCGCAUUAAGGACUUCCACUUUAUCGGCCACAGUCUGGGCGCGCACAUUGCAUCUUAUGUUUCUUACCAUUUGGGCAGAGUCGCGAGAAUUACAGGUCUAGACCCAGCUCAGCCCUGCUUUGGAGAUUCAAGUCGUGUGGAAAGAUUAGAUGACUCGGAUGCAGAUUUUGUUGAUGUCAUACAUACUAAUGGGAGGCUCUUGCAAAAGAUUGGCUUUGGGUUGCCGGAUCCUAUAGGUCACGCAGAUUUCUAUCCCAACGGCGGUAUGCAACAACCGGGCUGUGUUAAUAAGACUAAUUCCGUCUGGUCCAAGAUUUUGCCUAUAUCUCCUUCACGUCUCCAACAAGCAAUAUGCAGUCACGGGCGAGCAUACGUACUGUUCACGGAGUCGCUUGUGAAUGGUAAUUGCACUUUCAGAGCAUUUCGCUGGAAUAUGACUUAUGAAGGAGUUAACGCAAGUUUGCUAGCGGCGUGUGAUAGACAGUCGUCGUGCUCUGAAAUGGGCAUCAAUGCUGUGGGCGGGGAAAAUGGGCAAAAGGCGAAAGGCGCUUACUUCGUUCUUACUACCGCGACGCAGCCAUUUUGCCCCACAGAAUGGCAACGCGCGCACCCGCGCGCGGAUCUACUCCGCGAUUUACGCUUCGGCUUCAGAAUAGACAGAUCGGUGCGUUUGUACAAUGUCACCAACUCGUAUGGGGACCCACUACUCGAUGUCACUACUACGCCGAAGAGCUGGUUCAGAAGAUUCAUAAAUAUUGGUUAAUUAAAAAAUAAACUCUAUGACCAAAACAAUAAAGACUAGUUCUAUGUGCGCAAAUUAUUUUUAUAUAAUUUAUUUAUUUAUUGACAAAGAG